AGGUUGCACUGAGUGUGUGAGUGUGUGUGUGUGUGUGUGUGUCGCAAAAGGCUGCGCCGGAAAACGACUCAGAGCGCUCGCUUUGCGGCCAACCCUGAGGUGCCUGAAUGAAGGCUGUUGGGGGCGGUGAGACCCGAGGCAGGCUUUUGAAAUCGACAGACUAAGGUGAGAAGAUGAUGGCUUUUUCAGACCGUCUGCAACAUCGUGGUUGCAUAUAACCAUCAUGGGCCACUGAGCACCGCAAUCACUGAUCUCAUCAGCUGCUGAAGUCGGUGCAGGAUGGACCCCGUGGUCCUCAGCUACAUGGACAGCCUCCUGCGGCAGUCAGACAUCUCACUGUUGGACCCUCCGAGCUGGCUGAAUGACCACAUCAUUGGAUUCGCCUUCGAAUACUUUGCCAACUGUCAGUUCCGGGACUUCUCCAGCCAGGUCGCCUUCAUCAGCCCUGAAGUCACCCAGUUCAUCAAAUGCACGAGUGACCCAGCUGAGGUCGCCUUGUUCCUGGAACCCCUGGGGCUCCCCCAGAAACGGGUGAUAUUUUUAGCCAUCAAUGACAACUCCAACCAGGCAGCUGGGGGAACCCACUGGAGCCUGUUGGUUUAUCUCCAGGAUAAAAACCGCUUCUGUCAUUACGAUUCCCACAGCAGGAGCAACUCCAUCCAUGCCAAGCAGGUGGCGGAGAAGCUGCAGGCUUUCUUAGUCAGAAAUGGAGACAGGCCGGCCUUUGUGGAGGAGAAAGCCCCUGCUCAGCAGAACAGCUACGACUGCGGGAUGUAUGUGAUCUGUAAUGCCGAGGCUUUGUGCCACAGCCUCUUUGGACAGCAGCCAGAGGCCCUGCUGCAGCUGCUCACCCCCACAUACAUCACACAGAAGAGGGCGGAAUGGAAAGAGCUCAUCGCCAGGCUUGCUCAAAAUUAGCUGCUGACGGAUAUCUGUGCCUGUGGAGUCUCUCCUGAGGCUGCAGCCUGGCCUCCCUGCCGCGGGGAGACCGCCUGGUGGGGGACAGCCCUGACCUGACCACUUGCUGCGGGAGGGUGAGCAUCCUCUGUUAUCACCCUUGAUUUGAGAGCACGUCAGAGUUCCGCACCAGAACCUUAAAGCCAGUGUAUCUUAACAUCUAUCGCACACACUUCUCAUUUUGGUCUAAAAAUUAAUCCUUCUUGGUCUCCCUUAAUCCUCAUUAGCUUUAAAAAAAAAAAAAAAUCAGUGAUCUGUAAAACAAAUCAGGAAUUCGAGAAGUCUGAAGAAAAGAAAAAAAAAAAGCCAUGAAAAGAACAACUAUAGCAAAAAAAAUCUGUUGCAGGUUUGUUUGUUUUUUGUUGUUUUUUUUUUUUUAAUACAACCUGCAUAAUUAAAGAGCUCAACUGGCCAGAAGCAGAUCACAGCCAGACUUCACCCAAGACCAAAACAUUCGAAGCCUCAGUGAUGGGGGUCUGUGAUCUUGGCCGUUCACAGUGCAGAGAGAGGCCUUCCCUGUGCAUAUAUUUAAUUUAAAAAACAAAAAUGGUGUUAGCCCCCUCUCCUCCCAUCUGAUUCCCGGGAUGCCUUAAGGACAAGCAGGAGAACUUGCUCAGGAAGCCGGCUCUCCCGCUGCCCUGCGUUGCUCACAGUGCCUCCUGGCCUUGGCUAAGGGGCCACACACAUGCUCCCUCCUCAGAUACAAAAUUCAUUUGGUUAUAGAAAAUAAGAGUUGAUAACUUCUCAGGUUUACCUAUUAUUUCAGAUAAAUAUUUCUGCUUUCUGGGAGUGAAGAAUUCCCUCUCCUUGAACAUGGCACAAUCGUUUUUUUCGGAUUUGUUUGUUUUCAGUUAUGUCAUGAUGAUUUUAGGAUCAUCAGAGCAUCUGAAAUUUAGAGUUGGUUUAUUUUUAAAAGAGGAAGAAAAAAUGGCCUCCCCCCACCAUUUCCCUUAACUCAAAAAAUGCAAACAAUGCAAUUUUUACAGAGUCGAAACGGGAUCCCUCCGGUAACACAGAUGGGGUUUCUGCAGGUUCUCUGGGUCAUGCACAGUCAUAUGAGGCGCUCAUCUUGUUCCUCAUGAGAAUUAGAGACGUGAAAACCAAA